UCCGGGUCUCUGCAUUAAACGUGCGCAUGCGCGUUGCGCUCGCCGUUGUUCGACCUCUGUAGCCGAAACAGACCCGGGUUUCAGUCCAGUCCGACCAAAUUGGUUUAUAAACCCAUUUACAAUGUACGCCUGCGCGAAGUUCGUUUCUACACCUGCUCUGGUCCGUGCUGGCUCCCGGGCUCUUUACAGACCCCUUUCUGUGGCUGUGGUGUCAAGGCCAGAGGUCAGAACAGGAGAGGCCAGUGUAGCCCUUGUGCCACAGAGCUCCAUCUCCCAAGUGGCACUCAGGGGCUUCCAAACCAGUGCUGUUAGCAGGGACAUUGACACUGCUGCUAAGUUCAUUGGUGCUGGAGCUGCCACAGUUGGAGUGGCUGGGUCUGGUGCUGGAAUUGGGACGGUGUUUGGGAGUCUUAUCAUUGGAUAUGCUAGGAACCCCUCUCUAAAGCAGCAGCUUUUUUCCUAUGCCAUCCUGGGAUUUGCUUUGUCUGAAGCCAUGGGACUCUUCUGUCUGAUGGUUGCUUUCCUCAUCCUGUUUGCCAUGUAAAAUAUAUGGUUAACAGUCUCAUCCAGUGUAACUGAAUUUUACAGUGGCUACCACGUGUUUGGUGUUGGUGUCAUGAAAAUGUACUUUUUCCAGGUCUGACAGUUAAAAUGAAACAUGGAUUGUAAAAAAAUGACAAUUAUGGAAUUAAAAUACAUGUAUUUGACUUAA